CAUCUCUCUCUCUAGUGUUCUGGAGAGGACCAUCAGGUCGGCAGUGGAGCAGCAUCUCUUCGAUGUGCACAUGUGCGGAGGAGGUCAAAGUACGACGGAGGAUUCCGAGUGGACCGGGUGCUCCUCGUCGCCCGUGGUAACCCCGACGGCACGGCAGAGACGUCGGCACCAGAGGGAGCAGGAAGAGGCUCAGAGACACCGGGACAGGAGCAGAUCCUCGUCUCUGGGGGAAGGAGACAUCAACAAGGAGAACAUCCCAGCGGCCGGCAGCGUUAGCAGAACUAUCAGCUGUGGCGUCAGCGUGGGUGAGGAAGGAGUCUGGAGGGACUACCAGACUAGCCAGAGAGGGCUCCACCACGAGGGCCCCAGACCCAGGAAGCCUAAACACUGCCACCAGAGCCCCACGCUUGGCCAGCUUAGUGACAACCAGGACCCCCACGCGCUAAAAGAAUGCAUAUCAAGAGUACAUGACGAAGCCGGGACAAACAACAUGGAGUCAUCAGACAACCGAAAUGACAGUCAAAGAAAGGACCACAGUCUUCUGACUCCUUCAUGGACACGACUCAGUAGUAUGAAGAUCCAGGAGCUGCCUAGUAGCUGUGAAACGGCCGACAGGAGGGGGGUCAUCGGCCGGAGUUCGGACCAGGAAUGUGGCGAGGACGUACCCCGCUUGGACCUGUCGGCGCUGACCAACGAUAACAACUGGGGAGAUUCCCCAUUCUUUAGCGCCCCUUUCCUUGAUUUCAAAAGUGUUUUCCAGUCGAGUUAUUAUGAGGAGCCAGUCCCAGCCUACUCGUCGUGGCAACGGGAGAGCAUGGACAGCGAGGAGGCGUGCAUUUCGCCCCAAGUGGGGGGCCGCCUGAUUCGCCAGCUGAUUGAAGAGGACAGCGACCCCAUGCUGUCCCCCCGUUUCCACGCCUAUGGUCAUUGUCAGCAGUACAUAGAUGACACCGAGGUGCCACCCUCGCCACCCAAUACACACUCCUUUGCCAGUCGGAGGAGGAGUUCCUCUCUGGGCUCCUGCGGUGACGACGACCAGCAAGAGCUGACCUCAGCCCAGCUCUCCAAGAAGAUCCACGGUCUCAAGAGGAAGAUCCACAAGUACGAGGAGAAGUUUGAGGAGGAGCGCAAAUACAGGCCCUCACACAGUGACAAGGCUGACAACCCAGAGGUCCUGAAGUGGAUGAAUGAACUGGCCAAGCUCCGCAAAGACCUGAAAGAGCACAAGCUCCACAAGUCUGAGGAGGACCUCCCUCCGCUGACCCGCCAGCGCAGCAACACCCUGCCCAAGAGCUUCGGCUCCCAGCUGGAGAAGAAGCCCCAACAGGAGAAGGCGCCCAAGCCCCCGGUAGAGAACACCCUGGAGGGCGUCCAGAACAAGCUGCAGGAGAAGAGGGACGAGGUGGGGCGGCCCGAGGACGUCAAGGAUAUGACCCGGGAUCAGAUUGGCGCUGAGAAGGUGGCCUUACAGAAGGCUCUCCUGUACUACGAAGGCAUCCACGGUAGACCAGUUACCAAGACUGAGAGACAGAUCAUGAAGCCCCUGUAUGACAGAUACCGCCUGGUCAAACAGAUCCUCUGCAGAGCUUCCACCAUCCCCGUCAUUGCCUCCCCCUCCAGCAAACGCAGAGGUCCUGUACUUCAGCCCAUUAUUGAGGGCGAAGCCGCGCUCUUCUUUGACGACAUCAAGGAGGAGGAGGAUGGCUCUGAGGAUGACUCUGAGUCCAACAACAAGCCCCAGAUCACAGGGACAGUGCGUCCAGACUUCAGUAUGCUGGGCUUCCUGGACCAGCUGGAGGAGGAGACGGACGGCUUCAUCUCGCCCGUCGACGAGCUCUCGCCCUCCAAGAACACCACCGACAUGCGUCUGUCCAACCUGCAUUCGGCCACCAUGCCGGAACUAGUGGAGCAGCUACAAGAGGCCCGGGAGGAGAAAAAGAGAAUCCGCAAGAACCUAAGAGAGUUUGAAGAUCAAUUCUUCAGGCAAAACGGCAGAAACGUGCAGAAGGAAGACCGCUCCCCUUUGGCGGUAGAGUAUAACGAAUACAAGCACAUCAAAGCCAAGCUUAGGCUGAUAGAGGUUCUCAUCAGCAAAGGAGAUGCCUCUAAGUUCACCUAAAGAAAAGAAAACAUCAAAGACUGACAGAGGAAUGAAUGAGGCUCAGUCUCAAUAAGAGAUGAACUACACCAGCCCAUGGAAAGGAAAACAGAUACACCUCAUCAUCCCUCACAAUAUGUUUAUUUUUUUCUUGUGCCAUAGACUCAUUUGGCUUCAGAAGAUGCCAACAUGUUGCCCCCUGAUUAAUCCCACCUGUAGAAGGGAAACGGUAUGGCUUAGUUACUGACCUGAGAGGUGUUGGAACUGACAUGUAGGUGCUGCCCCGGAGGCUACUCCAUCUUGUCUGUUGUUUCCCUCGUAUAGAAGAAGAACCCCGGAACUCAAAAUGUCGGGCAUCUUUGAAUGACUACUAACCUAACGUAGCAGGCCUUAAAAGACGCCUGAGUAGAGUCCCCACAUAGGUUUUUCAGGGGAAGUGGAGGAAAAUACUGUAUCCCUGAACCAGAAACAUCCUAAUUUUCCUGACCCCGCAGAGAGUGGACCAAAACCAACCUUUUUUCAAAGGAAGAUUUUUUUUUUUUUUUUUUUUUGUGCAUCUUGAUAUUGAUUGAUACCAAGAACUACCCUACAUCAAAUAGUCAUCACUAAUUUAAAGGAUACAUUUACAAAGAGUGUUGUAUUGAUUUAAUUUAUUUUUCUUCCUUUGAAUGUUUAUAAAGACUCAUAUAGUUCAUAUAGACUUUUAUAUUGGAUUCAAAAAAAGUCUUAAUGUGGAGUGUAACAUUAGAUUUGGGAUUAUGUACUUUAAGGUAUUGCCAUUUUGAGAAACAAGAUUUUGUAAUCAGAAAAAUUAAAUGAGGGGAUUGUGUAUUUUUGUAAGGGAGACAGACAGUUACAAUCUGCAUGCAAACAACCAAUCAGACAGCCAGUCUAGCAGAGUUCAGCCAAUGGAUGGAUUUUUAAAAAUGUAACUCAUGAUUGGUGCCAUAUGCCACAUUCACGUGCAAGUCAGAACUAGGAAACUGACAUUUUUACUUGAAAACUAGUUGAACGCUGCACAUGUAUAAAUACAGCCAGUUAGCAAGUCGAACAUUUCCGACUUUCCUAGUUCCGACUAGCACGUGAACGUGGCAAUAAUCUCGAUGUUAACCUAGGAAAAACACACUUGUCAUCAUCAAUGCUUAUAUUUGUGUGUAUUUUUAGCAUACUAUGAGGAGCGUUAAUUUGUUUAAACUGAGAACUAGAAUGCAAAACAAAUAGUCUAUGAUGUGUUGUUAUGAUCCAAAGAAAAUGACUCAGAUUGCAUACCAAAAUAGUGUAGUGGAUCAAUGUAUACAAUUUCAUUAAUUAUUGUGAUCAUGGUCAUCAGUCACUUAUGAAUUUGACUGCUUGUAUAUUAUUUUGCAUUUGUCUGUUUUCUUUUCCUAUUCACUUUGUGUGAAAAUAAGCUAUCCUGUCUUGAAAUCAGUGGUAUAUUUUUGCUCAAACUUUUCAACACCGACAAGGGCCAUUUUGUGUGGAACAUCCAUCCUUAAAGAACAGUCCCAAUAACUAUCAAAAUAGCUGCCAAUCCCCAACGCAGAGCCUUCAAUACUCAAGGCAUGCUGCUUUCUUUUUUUAUGUAGGUAUUUUCAUAGCCUAUUUGUUCCUUGUAAAUAUGGAUCCAGAUCUAUGUUUACAUUGCUAAGUGAGCAAGUACAUUUUUCCUUUUUCUCCAAAAUGGAUCAUUUUAAUAGUGUGACUUUCGUUUUUAUUGAAUGUAAAACACUGGUGGACAUAAUGAAUUAUGGGUGUGUACAUUUUAGUACAUAAAUUGUAUAUAUAAUAUAAAACCAAACAUAUUUUUACUGAG